UCGUCGACAGCGCAUGCGCACCAUCUUAGAACCUUGGGAUGCAAUUCUACUCAUUCGUGUGUGAAUCGGGAUUUGUGAGUGUUUGUGUGUGUGUGUUUUUUUUUAACAAAAUGGAGGGCUGCGUCGCCUGCUUGUCCGCUGUGCGUGGCGCCGCACGGGGAGACGUCACUUCAGGGGGGAGCGGAGCGUUAAAAUGCGGCGUUACGGAAGGACGAACAUGAAAGGCUUGUAGUAUAUCAAUGCCCAUAGCAGCACAUCAGUGGGAUGGCAACCACUGAGGAUGUGAGCGUGUCCACGGGGCAGGUGGUGGUGGUGAAGACGGAGAAUGGAAGUGACGCUGACGAUCUGAAUAAAACCCAAGUCAUUCUCCAUCUCCAGUCCCUUACUGCUGGAGACGAGCCUGUUGAAACGGAUGCAUCUGUCAUGGCUGAUGAAGCACAUCCCGAAGAGACCGACGGAGGAGAUGUGGAACUUGGCUGUCCGAUAACAUGUGGAGACAGUAAAGCAAUGCUGCUUGUCAAGAAAUUUGUUUGCCCAGGAAUCAACGUAAAAUGCGUGAAGUAUGAAGACCAGCUGAUCAGUCCAAAGCAAUUUGUACAUAUUUCCGGAAAGGCCACGCUUAAAGACUGGAAACGAGCAAUUCGGAUGGGUGGAGUCAUGUUAAGAAAAAUAAUGGAUUCAGGCCAGCUUGACUUCUAUCAACACAGUACAUUGUGUACAAACACUUGUCGUAGCACCAAGUUCGACCUCCUAAUCAACAACACACGGUUCCCACCUGACGGCAGUGGACUCACGAUAUCGUCUCAGGCUCAGGAGUCCUUGGAGGAUGCCCAGACUGGAGGUGACAAUACCACAGAGAAGCCAGUCGACAAGGCGGACUGGGUUUCGAGUUCAGUGGAAUGUGGAAACAAGGACUGUCACGAACUCACAGAGGAUACGUUGAAUUUCUGGAUAGGAAUUGCUGAUGUGGGUUUGCUGGGAGAAGUGGUGGCCAAAAUCAGCAGCGAGCUGCUGGAUCUGUUAAACGGUAUGCCGGUGCUAAAGGAGUCGGCUGUCUUACAGGACACAGACAUUGCAGUGCUCAGUAAUCUUGGUCAGGUGUUUGGACUGCUGGACUCUGUCAAGAAGAUGCUGGAGAAGAGGAGGCAACAGACUGAUCCCAACCAGGAGCAAAUUCUCAGCAUCCUCAGCAACCUGGACUUGCAGUUGGCAGAACAGCGAAAGCAGCAACAGGUUCAAGCUCUUCUGUCCAAGCCUGCCAAAACUGUCACCGCCACCAAGCGUCAGACAAAGCGACCUCGUUUGCAGAGGCCCAUGACCACCACCACCACCACCACCCUCCUGACCUCCAGCUGUAACGAUCAGACUGCCGCGACACCGCCGCAGUUCACCAUCCUGUCCCCGAUCUCAUUGUCCUCCCUGGGUCAGCCGUUCACCGUGGCCGACUUACCCAUCACCUCCCUGGCCCAGUCAUCCAACACGGUCACUCUGCUCCCCGCCGGCUCACAGCUCUUCACGCGCUACAUGGUGACCGGGGACGGAAAAGCCGACAGCAUCGCCUUGCACACUUCUUCCGGCCUCACGCUGGUGGACGCCAGCCCAGUUCAAGACUCCGGCCGCUUGGGUACAAUGGUGAGCCCUGUAGAGCUGGUACACCUCAGCCAACAGACUGUGGGUGGCGAGGCAAUACCCAUGCAAGGCCAGGUGGUGGACGGUGCCAUGCUGGUGCAACAGGAGUUGAUGCAGGAAGAGGUGGAGGCCGGCCAGGAGCACACGGUUAUAGAGAUCAACCCGCCUCCAGUAGAAGAAGACAUAGGAGUCAUGGAGCUGCACUUGACUGAGGAGUCGGGUGGAGUCGAGUCUGGCUUCAUGGGCAAGAGGACGAUGGAGGUCACGAUUGGAGAAGCGGAGGAGACACGGCAUCAAAUGCAAGUUGCACAGGUGCAAGGGGUUCAGGGUGUGGAGUUGGAUGCCAGUGGACCGGAAGUGCAAAUUUUGGUGCUUGGAGAGAAUACUCAGGACAAAUAAGACACGUGUAUGCAUUCAGCGUAGGUAUGGGAAACGUGUCAAGGACUCACUCAGAAUGAUUCAACCCUCAUUGGAAAUUCUAUUUGCAUAGUUGAUACACUUGUACUAGUUUGCAUAAAAUCAGUUGAACCUUUUAAAAGCGGGGGGAGGGGCAGUGUGGUGCUACGCAACGCUUGCAUCAAUACACACUUGCUACACAUCUACAGAAGAAUCGGAAGCCAAAGCAGGGGUGUCCAAAUUGUGGGCUGGGUUCCCGCAACUGUUUUUUUUAUUGGCCUGCAGCCAAAAUAUAAUUUAACAAAAAAAACAAAAAAAACAAAACAGCAAAAUGGAAAAAAAAAAACAGCAGUAAUUUGACAAGAAUAAAGUUAUAAUCUAAAGAGAAUUUUUUUUUAUUUUAUGAGAAUAAUGUAAUAUGAGGACAAAUAAUUGUCGUUUUAGUAGCAUAAUGUUAAAAUCCUAAAGAAAAAGGACAUUUUUUUUUUAAGUUGUAAGUUUUGGAAAAUUAUAUGGUAAAAAGCAUAAUAAUAUUAUGAGAAUAAAGUCAAAAUAUUAGGGGAAUGAAGUCAUAAUUAAGAGAAGAAAACAUACAGUUAGUUGCACAGAGUUGAAAUAUGAAAGAAAAAAGAUGUUCUUUUUUUUUUUUUUUAAAGGCCGUAAUAUUAUGAGAAACAGACAAAACAAAAAUAAAGUUGUCAUUUUUGGAAAGUUAGGUGGAGGAAAAUGUUGAAAAAUUACGAAGAUAAUUUAAUAAGAAAACAGACAAAAAUGGGGAAAAAAACAAAGCGUGACGCUGCUACUAAUAAUAUACUUUUACACAUAUAUGACAAAGCUCAGAUGCUGUUUUUUUUUUUUUUAAUAUAUAACUUCCUAGCAUAUCUACAGUACAUGUGUUGCUUUAAAAAAUAUCAAAGUGGCAAAGUUGCAUCCUUUCAUUUUUCACGACGUGGCCCUCGCUGGAAAAACUUUGGACACCCCUGCUGUACCACAAAAACUGGCUAACCAAGCAGCUUCAUUUACUCUUCUCCUGUAGUAAAGCUAUAUACAUUUCCCAUUUAUUCAUCUACAAUAACCAUCCAAGUCUUGAAAAGUGACCAAGUCCAGUCGAAUAUGAUUUACUUUGCUAAUGUCCUAGCGAGCCUCUCAAGCCCAGGGUUUCAGAGGUUGAACAAACACAACAGUCACCAUUCUGUUUCGUAAAUGCGUCGUCAUGAACGUUAGUACAUUUGCAACGCGGGUUGAAAAUUUUGGAGCGCAAUUGUUGAUCAUUUUCAUAGCCUUAAGUCAAUAAAUAACAUGAAUGGAAUCUGGUAGAUGUGUACUUCUUGGUGUCUCUGUACAUGCUUGAUCUGAUGCUCCAGUACAGCAUGUCUGUUACACUUUGGGUUAUACUCUUGAUGACUUACAUCUAUGCUUCUAUUGUGUUUGUAGGAAAAUGACAAGGACAUGGAAAAGCAUGUAAGCAAGUACAUGACACCAAUAUCUGCCCAUCUCCGUGUUCUUCCCAUUAAAGUGGAUCCACUUGUUGUUUCUUAGAUUUCCCCUCAUGUUGCCACCAUUUGUUAUACACACGCCGGAAAUUAUUAUUGCUAGCUUUUUGAGUGCAUUAUUGCUUUUAGUUUGAAGUCCCAAUUACAGAGCACACUUUAUGGACAGUAUGUUGAAGUUGUUGCGUGCUUCUUUGGUUUUGCUGUGACUCAUUUUUUUUCCCAAAGUAAAGAGAGCAGUGUGUUUAAAUUCAA